UCAACGAUGCAGAUGCGACCUGAGCUUGCUUUCCUCGCCGCUCCCCGUCAUAUUUAUACCCUGGUGCUAAUCCUACAGUACUGUACGCGUAUAUAGCUACCUUGCUGACGUCCACCGGGCCUCUGAAUCCCCUAGUGCUUAUGCCAACGGUUCUCCCGUCUUUCCAUAACGGUUACCUGCAUCACUCCACACCCUCCCAUAUGCAGAGGUAAUCAUAUUAUAUCUCGUACAUCUGAUCUUGUUGUUGUGCUCUUCAUGCCUCCUCCUCCUUCUCUCCCCACGGGCCAAUCCCGUAUAUCAAAUUCCUCGGCAUCAAAUGGCUUUGGAUACGCACAGUUGUCGAAAAUCUUCCUGCUUGUGCUGGUAGUUGCUACUGGUAUACGACUGGCAAUCAUCAAUUUCAUGACAAGAAAGAGAAGGAUAGCGACGUCAUACCAACAAAUACAAGAGAAGGACCCCAGAGCAUGCCAAGCGCCUCGCGAGAAAGAUUUAAGACAAGCACGAGUUCCGCAAAGCAAGGACCAUCCGGCAUCUACGUUCAAGCCUGUAUAUCCCUGGACGUCUCCACCUCAACCGCUACCGGGCCCUUACGAUCCACGCCUCUAUCCUCUUCCGACGGUACGGCGACAUUCAUACGACCCCUCAGUCCUAGUACCCGAGCAAGACAGCACAAUAUCAUACACCCGCCGCGUCUCAACGAACAGCAUCCCACCUCGGCAAGCGGAAAUUCACGGCACAGUUACAACCUCCAUGAAGGGCUGGCGAAGAAAUCAAUGGGUCGUCUCUGGAGAAUGAGCCCUCGAGCCAACUAGUCACGUGCCUUAAGCCACCAGAAACCACCCCCGCCGCCCGACACAUCCCGCCAGGCCCACUCCGAGAAGUCUCAGUAUUUCAUUGUCCACGACGUGGUAUC